AGUCAAGUUUCAAUUCCGGUAGAAGAUACAACGUAUUACAUUUUUCUCUCGCAAAGAAAGAAAAAAAAGAAGCACCUAAAUAAAUUAAAUUGUGUGCGCAUUAAGAGUUUUUGUGAUUUUGAUUUGUUUCGCAAAAAAAAAAGAGAAAAAAUAAGAAAAAGAAAAAAGGAAGCAAAUUUACAGUUUCACUGAUAACAGCAGAAAAUUUAACGAGAUUUUAUUGUGAAUCGUCGCAAGUACUCGCAAGUGCAACGAAGAAGGAAAUAAUAUAAAAGUUGAUCGUUCGUCAAGGACUUCACAAUUGUCGAGUGCUUUGUUGAGUGUUACUAAGAAGCAAAAAGCUUUUGAUUCAUAAAGAUGGAUACAUUCAAUGACCCAUGGCCAUCACCGCCAGUUUUGGAUGGAUUAUCGAGUGAUCAAAUGGAUUCGUUAGCCGAGUUACAUGAAGGUGCUUUUGAGCCUCAAAUUCGAGCUCGUUCAAAUACAUGGCCCUUGCCGAGGCCCGAAAAUUUCGUGGAGCCAAAUGACGACACUGAAAAUAACCAACAAACCAGUAAUCAGCAGUCAACAACUGGAAUUCCACCCACACCAACAUCCGCAUCGUCAGUUUCAAAAAAGAACUCUUCCAGACGAAAUGCAUGGGGCAAUUUGUCAUAUGCCGACCUUAUCACAAAAGCAAUCAGCUCAGCAUCAGAUAAUAGGUUAACGUUAAGUCAAAUAUACGAAUGGAUGGUGCAGAAUGUUCCAUACUUCAAAGACAAAGGUGAUUCGAACAGCAGUGCGGGAUGGAAAAAUUCUAUUCGUCACAAUUUGUCACUACACAAUCGAUUUAUGAGAGUACAAAACGAAGGAACUGGCAAGUCAUCCUGGUGGAUGUUAAAUCCUGAUGCCAAGCCAGGAAAAUCCGUGCGAAGACGCGCAGCAUCCAUGGAAACUUCAAAAUUCGAGAAGCGACGAGGGCGAGUUAAGAAACGUGUCGAGCAGAUGAGAAAUGGUGUACUAACAAAUGUGACUGGCGUUUUGAACGAUGUCAACUCGUCGCCUGGAAGCAGUGUAAGCGAAGGAUUAGAUCUCUUUCCUGAAAGUCCUUUGCAUAGUGGAAAUUUCCAAUUAUCACCUGAUUUUCGACAACGUGCAAGUUCGAACGCCAGUUCUUUGGGACGAUUGAGUCCAAUACCGUCGUUAGCACUUGAGAACGAAUGGAAUAAUUAUGCAACAGAGUUUAUUGGAGACGAUAGUAAUGCUAUUGGUGAUAACCCACCAAGCUCGAUAUUAGAAGACUUAGCUGGAACGCUUGCUGAUGAGUUGACGCUGCAGAAUGAUUUAUUUAAUCAAGGCACAGCAGUUCAUCCUCAACCACCUCCACCUUCCCAGCCACCACAAUAUGCUAUUCAUUCGACGAUGUCAGCUUCGUACGGUUUGAAACAACCGAAUCAAGCCAUUCACUUGCUUCAAAAUAACACAAGAGAGAGCAUGUCACCGGGAUCCGUAACUGGCAUGUCGCCAUCAUACAGUGAACCUUCACCUGACUAUUCAAUGUUGGUCAACCAAAAUCGCCUACCAAGGCCGUCAUCUAAUAGUCCACCUGUAAAUAACACACAAAAUCUUACAACACAUAUCGGAAAUAACACACCCCAAACUCUCAUGGGUCAAUUUAUUCAUUUACUUCAGAAUAAUGCGCGCGAGACGACACUGAAUAAUCAAACAAAUUUGGAUGACUUAAACUUAAAUUUGGAGUCUUUUCACGGUGGCUUAGAUUGCAACGUUGAAGAGAUGGCUGCUAAAGAGAAAAAAACUAAUUGCAUAUAAUAUAAGUUGAAUGUCAUCAAAGUUAAUCAGACACAAAACAGAAUUUUUGUCACAGGGACGAGAAAGACAGAAAUUCAGAUUUAAAAAAAGUUAAAGUAAUUUAGCAUCAAAAACUUGCAUAAUAAAGAAGGAAAUGUCACGAAAGGAAGAAUUGAAAUUGUAGUAAAAUAUUUUUAAUAUUUCUUUUUUCGCGAAGUUUAUAACCCGAGCGGCUUGUAGUUUGCUUUCAGCUGACUACAUGAAGUCUUACAUGUCAGGCCUUAUACACGACCGCAUAGGCACCUUACAGGAAAUUUGCAAUUGGAAGUUUUCUAUAAGGUGACUUUUAAGUUAACUUUUGCGGAAUUGCCGCUUGUGCUGCUCGGAUAAUGGGAGAUUGAGGUGAUUGUUGGGAAAGUUUUGACCAGGAAUAGAAUGGUUUUAAUUAUCUAUCUAAAUUCAAUUAACUUUCUCGACAUUUAUCCUUCAUAAAAACAGAAACAAUAAGAAAAAAUCUUCCUAAUUAAAUUUUGUGAGAAUUUCCUUUUAUUCAAUCCUAGAUCAAAAUUUCGCCAUGUUAGCUACCUCCACAUGAUAUUUUUUGUUUUUGUUUUCGCUCGAAUAAAAUUGUUAGCUUAUUAGUUUUAAUUUCCGAUUUAAAUACAUCAUUAAGUUCGAUUGAAAAGGAAUUAAAUAUCUAUGUAAUGAAUAGAUGUAAAGAGGAUAAAAAUGCCAAGCAUUAAAUGAAUCAUUUCAUACUUUUUGUUUGAUCUCAGGAUUCGCGUAAAAGAGUUUUAUUUUGAAAGAUUAAACUACAAGAAAUUAAAAGGUGCAAAUCAUAUAUAAAAAAAUACAAAUUGAAAUAAAUUAGUGUAUCGGUUUUAUGAUGGCGAAAGGAUCCAUUCCAAUUGAAACAUGCUUGAAUUGUUUUUCUAUAUCGCACAUGAAACUUGUUCAAAAUUAUAAUUAAUUGUAAAAAGUGUUCAUUUUCAAACCUAUUCUCCAUUUGAAUAAAUGAUGAUUUGGCAAUAAUAAACUUGGGUCCAUAGCUUAAGCUUAUUCAACAACAAUUGUGUGCUAAUAUUAUUUUUCUCUUUUUUGUUAUGAAUUAUUUCUAGUUUUGUUCUUUUUCUUUGUUAAGUUUUCUUAUUAGAUAAUUUGAUUGAAAAUAAUCUAUCAAAACUGUUCUUAUAAUUGAUCACGAUAUAAGUUGGUUUGUUUAAUGUGUCAGUUUGUUACUGUCAAACUCAACAAGAGCGGCUUAUGAUGAGAUGACAGUUUUAUUUUUGAGAUAAAUAUCUUUCAAGUAACUUUCUUUGUCAAACAUUAAAGUACGUUGAAGGGAAAAGAAACUUUGUGAUUUUAUUUUUAAAACAGGUUCUUUCUUCGUAACAAUUGCUUUAGUUUUCUUUUUUUUUAUAAAAGAAGUAAAUAUAUUAUUCGAGAUUUAAAAUACUUUAGAGGAGAUGAAAGGAAACAUAUAAGAACAUCUUAAGAAAGCCCCAAUGAUAACACAGUUGUUAAAUUUUAGGCAGUUGAUCGUUGUUUAAGAUGUAUGUUCAAAGUACAUAAAGUUUGAAUUAAAAGAAAAACCUAUUGAUACUUGCAAUAAUUUUAGAAAUAUAAGGAAGUCAUUUACGUAGCAAUGCUUGUGCCGGCCAAUUAGCGGUGGUGUGCGGGUCAUUUAAAUUUCAAUUAAGCCAUUGUAGUCUUCUUGAAAUCUCUUUAAAGGCAAACAAAAUUUAAAUAAAAAAAUGUAAAUUGUUUGAAUAGACAUAAGAGUUAAAAACUUAAGAUAAAUUUUUUUCAUUUGUCAUUAGAUUCCUGAUGAUAACAGAAAAAAAAUUCUUGUGCCACUUGUUAAGUUUGUUCUUAGUUAAGCCUUCUUCGAGAUGAAAAUCUGUUUGAUAUUUUAAUGGAAUUUAUUUCUCGAUUUCUUACUUUCGAUUAUUGCAUAAUUCAGGAAUUUACAAAGCGAUUACGCUAGAAGAAGAUUUCUCGUCCAAUAAGUUCAAUUAUAAAAUCAAAUAAAUAAAACUUUAAUUCUGAAAGCAGGAUAAGCAGUUGCAUAUAAAACUUUCAUCUGUAAAUAGAGAAAAACUCUUUGUAGUAAGUGUCAAUGAAUGGUAGCGAUUAAAUGAAUAAAGGAAUCAAUAAAAAUAGUUUAGUAAAAGAAAA